CGUUGACAAGGCGUGUUGGCGGAAAUUUUUGAAAACGGCGAAGAAAGGAACAGCCCCGAAAAACUGGAGAUUCAUCUAAGAGUCCACGAUGAGCCGAAGACCUAGCAGAAGAUUUUCUGAGAUGCCAAUGCGUGCAACUGAUGGCAGAAUGAGUUUGGUGAAUGCGACGCCGCAGAACAAAGACAAUGUCUUUGGAAAGCUGAACAUCCCAAAACCUCAGUCUGGCACAUCAGAGAGGAGGACCAGCUUUUUUGGAAAAGGUGCUGGUGGUGGUGGCCAGAGAAACAGCUUGUUUGGGUCCUAUGGGGGCACAGAAAAGAUCAAGGAUCCCAGACCCCUUCAUGACAAAGCUUUUGUCCAGCAGUGUAUCAAACAGCUUUGUGAGUUUCUUGGAGAUAGUGGAUUCCCUGGCACAAUCACAGUAAAGGCCCUCCAGUCGCCUUCUACUAAAGAGUUCCUGAAGAUAUUUGAGUUCAUCUACAGUUUGUUGGACCCUACCUUUCAGAUGCCCACUGCCAAAGUUGAAGAGGAGAUUCCUAGGAUGUUGAAGGACUUGGGGUACCCAUUUCCAUUGUCAAAAAGCUCCAUGUACUCCAUUGGGGCUCCACAUACCUGGCCACAGGCUCUAGGGGCACUCAUCUGGCUCAUUGACACAGUUAAAAUCUUUAACAGUAUGAAAGGUCAGAACCUACUGUUUGCUGACUUCUCAGAUGGCUCCACUGAGCUAGAGGAGGGUGUCGAAUACAACAAGCUCUUCUUAGACUACUGUUCUAAGACCUACAAUAACUUCAUGCAGGGAGCAGACACCUUUGAGGAUGAGGAUGCAGAAUACCUCAGCCAUCUGAAGAGGCUGUACAAUGUGGAUGAAGCUCUACUAGAGUCACAACAGGAAAAACACAGGAUUCUGAUGGAGGAGGUGGAGAGACUAGAGAAAGAGAGUCAUACUGACCGGUUGAUGGCACAGAGGACUGAGAAGCUGAGGUUACAGACUGAUCUGCAGAAACUUCAAAGCUACCGUGCUCACAUGGAAUCAUUCAAAAGUCACCUGGAAAACAAGGCCACAGGGCUGUCUGAGGAGCUGGAGGCUGCUGACCUUCAGCUAGAAAGUCUGAAGCAGGACAAGGCAAGACUGCAGCACAUUCUGGAGAAUCAGAAGUUCACUCCAGCCGAUAUUGAGCGCAUCAACAGGGAGAGAAAUGAGCUACAACAGACCGUCAGCAGUCUGAGCCGCAGUCUUGAGGAGGCCCAGCAGCUAGCAUGGAAUGAGGAGAUCACCCUUGUCAAAACCAGGGAGAGGGCUGAGGUAAAGUUGGCAGAGUACCACAAAUUGGCACGCAUGCUCAAGCUCAUUCCCCAGUCUGCAGAGAAUGCUUGUGGCCAUGACUUUGAGAUCAAAACAGUCAGCGACUAUGGCCCCACCACUGCCACCCAGAUCAGAACACAGAUACAGAAUCCUCUCAAAAACAUGCUUUUGGAUGUAGAAGAAGAGUUCAGCAGUCUGACCAAUAUGAAGCUUAGUCUAGAGGAGACGGUGGAACAGAUAAAGUCUAACAUUUCUGAGAAGAUGAACGACAUAAAGCAGAUUAAAGAUCAAAUCCGCAGACUGGACCAGCAGCUGGAGCAUGACAUGCAGGAGAUGGCUCAAGAAGAGGAAAAGUGGGCAGCAGAUGUGGAUUCUGCUGAAAGAAACAAAAAGCUUCUAGAAAAGAAGGUCAUGGAUGGCUACGAGGAGGCUGAAGAGCAACUGAAAGCAGCCCAACAACAGUACCACCUUGUGCUUCAGGAAACCAAAGAGGAGAGCCGGUUGGUGGCAAACAAUUUGACUCAUGUCUUCAGUGCUGCAGCCAACCACUUGGGUAUAGUUGAGAAACAUUGUAACGACCAGCUGAAAAAGAUGGACAAGAUGAACGAAAUUGUUCGGGAAGACCAAGCAGACCUGCAUCAGCUGAAGGAAAUGAUAGAAUACUUUGUCACUAGAGCAGAUAGCUUUGCGUGACUGAAUGGGAAGCCAAUUUGUAAAUAGUUUUGCACUCAGUUACUAAUGCUACUUACAUGUGUAAUUUGUACCCGUUACUCUUUGUAUUCUGUUUAAUAAAUGUGUUCUUUUUUCCA